AUGUUGUUAUGUGGAUCCAUGCUUAUUGUGAAUCUCACAGCGCCCUCUUUUAGCACUGUACAAGUACAGUACAAGUACAGUACAAGUACAGUACAAGUACAGUACAAGUACAGUACAAGUACAGUACAAGUACAGUACAAGUACAAGUACAGUACAAGUACAGUACAAGUACAGUACAAGUACAGUACAAGUACAGUACAAGUACAGUACAAGUACAGUACAAGUACAGUACAAGUACAGUACAAGUACAGUACAAGUACAGUACAAGUACAGUACAAGUACAGUACAAGUACAGUACAAGUACAGUACAAGUACAGUACAAGUACAGUACAAGUACAGUACAAGUACAGUACAAGUACAGUACAAGUACAGUACAAGUACAGUACAAGUACAGUACAAGUACAGUACAAGUACAGUACAAGUACAGUACAAGUACAGUACAAGUACAGUACAAGUACAGUACAAGUACAGUACAAGUACAGUACAAGUACAGUACAAGUACAGUACAAGUACAGUACAAGUACAGUACAAGUACAGUACAAGUACAGUACAAGUACAGUACAAGUACAGUACAAGUACAGUACAAGUACAGUACAAGUACAGUACAGAGGAACAACUGAGGAGAACUGUAUUUAG